AUGUCUGUCCAAACAGCUUGGGAAGCCUGCGACAAAAUCGAUACGCUAUUCAUUCUUGUCUGCUCUGUCUUCUGCUGGCUUAUUAUCCCGGCUGUCGGGCUCGCCUACUCUGGCUACUCCACUCGUUUCAAUAGCAUUGCUUCGUUCUACCCAGGCCUUUUGGCGGUCGCCGUCUGCUCGAUCCAAUGGUGGAUGCUGGGAUAUUCGCUCGCUUACGGUGAAGGCAAUGGCUUCUUUGGGGGCUUCAGCAAAGUAUUUCAUAUCGGCGUCCUCGCUGAACCGGUUGGCUCGAUUCCUGAGAUUCUCUUCUCAGAGUUUCAGCUCAUCUUCUGCGCGACCGUGUGCGCUAUUGCAAUCGGAGGAGCUUGUGAGCGCGGUCGGCUCCUUCCAUUGAUUCCAUUUAUCUUUCUCUGGUGUACAUUCAUAUAUGCUCCUCUAGCCCACAUGGUCUGGUCGGAGAACGGCUUUCUCGCGAAUCUUGGUGCUCUCGACUUUGCCGGAGGCACUCCCGUGCAUAUUUGCAGCGGUGCCACCGCCACAGCAAUGAGUGUAUACCUUUCCUACCCCCUGUUUCGGUCGCGACGCUCUCAGAUUCGAACCCCGCAGCACUUGUUAUUGCAUCGGCCACACAACACUUUGUGCCAACUGCUAGCCCUGAUCAUCAUAUGGAAUGCGUGGCUUGCCUUUGACGCGGGAACUACGCUCGCUCUCAACUUCAAGAGUGUCAUGACUGCCUGCGUGACGAAUCUCUGCGCCUCCUCAGGCGCUCUCACCUGGGCGAGUCUGACCUACUGGGAGACCGGAAAGUGGAGCUUGGACAGCACUUUCUUAGGCGCGAUCGCAGGACUCGUUCUAAUCACGCCGAGCGCAGGCUUCAUCGACAUGAGCACGGCAAUGGGUUUUGGCGUCCUAGGUGCUGCAUGCGGGUAUCAAGCUCUCAAAAUCAAGUUAACCAAACGAGCGAAGCUUCUGCGCUGGGUCGACAACGGGGACACGUUUGCUACACACUGCCUGGGUGGGUUCUUGGGCACGAUUGUAACUGGCCUAUUUGCGCAACGAGAAGUCGCAGCAUACGACGGCGUCACCGACAUCGUCGGCGGGUGUUUCUUCGAUGGCAACUGGAGACAGCUAGGAAUACAAAUCGUCGAAGCGCUGAUCGGGUUCGUAUGGAGCUUUGGGGGAAGCUACAUUCUGUAUGCCUUGGUGGACUGUGUGCCCGGUUUUGAGGUAUUGGCGACGGAUGAGUACGUGCACCGCCCCCAGCUUAUGAACGCAACUAACUUUAGUAGGGACGUGAUCGCGGGAAUGGACAAAUCCCAAAUGGGCGAAUCUCUGCACGAGGAACAAUGGGCUGGAGAAGAAGAUUACCAUCCCUUCGAGGGAAUUCGCUUGUAA